AUGGAAGAAUUACAUUCAAUUGGAUAUAUUCAUCGAGAUAUUAAAGCGAGCAACUUUGCACCAGGUCGCGGUCGAAGUUCAACUAUUUUCAUAUUCGAUUUCGGCUUGUCAAGGAGGUUUGUUGAUGGAUCAAAUAUGAAAUUGAGUCCACGAAAAAAUGUUGGAUGGCGCGGAACUGUUAGAUAUGCGAGUUUAAAUGCACAUAAACAAUUGGAUCUCGCGCGCCGGGACAACAUUGAGAGUUGGUUUUAUAUGUUAUUAGAGAUGAAAAUUGGUUCACUUCCAUGGUGUUUUUUACGAGAAAGGGAUCAAGUUGGAAACAGCAAAAUGCUUAUCAAAAAAGAUCGUGCCAAUUUCUUCUCAAAUUUGCCACAACAAUUUCAGGAGAUUAUGGAUAUUAUUGAUAGUUAUCAUUUUGAAAGCUGUCCUAAUUAUCCCAAAUUGAAGAAAUACGAAUUGAUGAUAAUUGUGAAUUAUCGUAUAUUGGAACUGUUUCAGUUACAUCUGUUGCGAUUAUGGCUGAACAUGGAAGCAAUAAUAUUAGUAUUCCAGAAUGA